AUGCAGAAAUAUAUUUGCAUUGUUUUGCUUCUUCUGGCAUUUCCUUUCAUUUUUAGUCAUGCUAAGAGAACAAACCCCGACAAACCAUGCAAGCAUUUCACAGUGUAUUACCACACCGUCAUAUUUAAUGGAACAAACACGGCAAAUGCUACUGCUGCAGUGGUUAGAGAGCCAACUAAAUUCUGGAACACCAGCUUCGGUCAGAUGGUGAUUUUCGACAGUCCUUUAACCAAAGGCCAAAGUCUUCUUUCCACACCGAUUGGACGAGCUCAAGGGCUGUAUUUCUACGACAUGAAGAUGAGGGUCGGUUCUUGGUUUGCAUAUAGUUUGCUGUUUAACUCAACUGAGCAUAAGGGUAUCAUUAACAUUAUGGGUGCAAAUCUGAUGCAUGAGGAAACUAGGGAUCUCUCGAUCGUGGGAGGGACAGGCGACUUCUUUAUGGCCAGAGGCAUUGUAACAUUUCGAACUGAAGACGUUGAUAUUCCUCGAUAUUUCCGUCUCCAAAUGGAUGUCAAGUUGUACGAAUGCUACUAG